AAACCCCCUGAAUCUCAUACCCACCAACCCCCAAAGUUUCUAACUCCAUUCCUACAAGUAUCAAACCCUAAAGUAGAGGAAGAGAAAUUUCAACUACCUAUUUCUUCUACUCUAGCAUUGUUCAUCUCCUUCGCCUUCUACUUUCUUUUAUUUUCUUAUUUUUUGGGUAUUUUUUUCUUUUUCUUUUCUUCUGGUUUUUUUUUCAUUUUCUUUUCUUCUGGGUUUUUUUUUUCAUUUUCUUUUCUUCUGGUUUUUGUUUUCAUUUUCUUUUCUUCUGGGUCUUUUUUUCUGGGUCUUUUUUUCUGGAUAUUUUUUUUUCUAGGUAUUAGUUCAAGCAUGACUAUUUACUGUAUAUUUUUAGUGCUAAAUUUAUACUUCAUAACAUUCUUAGAGUUAAAAAUAAAAAAAUAAAAAUUUAAACUAGACUUAGAAACCAUUCCAAGAUUAGACCAAACACUUUGAAUGGACAUAUGAUCCAUUACAAGAUUGAACCAAACAAUUUAGAAUGGGUAUGGGUAUAUGAAUCCAUACCACCCUGAUAUGUAUCUCCAUACAAUUCCAUUCCAGUUUUAUGAACCAAACAGGCCCUGAAUAUAUUGUGUAUGAUUUAUGAACAUAUACUUAUCAAUGACACAAUCACGCCACAAUUGGUUGCUUUGUUUAAACAUUGACGCAAAGACUAGUAUUCUUAUUCUAGCAUAUGGAAACCACUAGUACUAGUUUCUGGAUGAUGAUAAUCCAAGUUCAUAAAGUAUUCUGGAUUUAUGCAAUGUGUGGUCUGGAAAUACUUGGCACCAUCGCAUGUUUACACUUUUGAUCAAGUCAAGCUUUGAGUCGUCCUAGAGUACUGAACGUGUUGGAAAGGUUACAUGAUUAGACUGCACAAAUUUCAUUGCUCUAUUUAUGUUCAUGCAAACCCAGGAGAACAAUUAUUAGCAAAAACAACAAAACAAAAAUGAAAAUCUUUCUGUUCUUUGUCCUCCUUCAUCUCCUCAACUUCAUCAAUGGCAUAACAUUAUUAUCAGAAGAGAAAGCUUUACUAAGUAUUAAAUCAGCCAUAACUCAUGACCCACAAAACUAUCUCUCCUCAUGGAACACCACAACCCACCACUGUAGUUGGCCGUUCAUCACUUGCUCCUCCUCUUCUUCUUCUUCUGUCAUUUCUCUCGACAUCUCCGGCUUAAACCUCACCGGAAUUCUCUCGCCUGAUAUCGGCUCUCUCACCCACCUACAAAACCUCAAUAUUGCAGAAAACUCUUUCUCUGACCCAAUCCCUCCUUCUCUCUCACUCCUCACCCAACUCCGCUAUCUCAACCUCUCUUAUAAUGACUUCACCACCUUCCCUUCUACUUUCUCCUCUCUUAAAAAGCUAACCAUCCUCGACAUUUUAAGCAACAAUUUCACUGGCCUUCUCCCUUUAUCGGUCGUUGAGAUGUCGGAGCUCCGGUACCUUGAUCUUGGUGGAAACCACUUUUAUGGUGAGGUUCCACCGGAGUACGGUCAAUGGGAAAACCUUGAGUACCUUUCUUUUUCUUGGCGGAAUUACUACUACCUUGAUUAUGUUGAUUACAAUAAUAUUUUCUCUGGUGGGAUUCCUCCCGAGCUAGGAAACUUAACCAAGUUAACAACAUUAUAUGGUAGUAUCUGCAAUUUUUCUGGGAAAAUUCCAACGGAGUUGGGGAAACUUAAGAAACUUGAAGUUUUGAGUUUUUCUUGGAACACUCUUUCUGGGGGUUUACCCUUUGAGUUGGGGUCAAUGAAGAGUUUAAAACAUAUGGAUUUCUCACAUAAUAUGCUAUCUGGUGUGAUCCCAGAGUCAUAUUCCCUUCUUCAGAACAUAACCGAUUUUCAUCUUACUGGAAACAAUUUACAUGGGAGUAUACCUGAUUUUAUCGGAGAUUUCCCGGAGUUGGAAUACCUCUCCCUAGGGUGGAAUAACUUCACUGGGAGUAUUCCACCAAAGCUAGGUACUAAUGGGAGGUUGCUAAGGGUAGAUAUAGAACAUAACAAUCUUACUGGGAGUUUGCCAGUAAGUCUUUGCAAAGGAGACAGACUUCAAAUUUUGUAUGUAUCGGAUAAUCGGUUGAUUGGACCAAUCCCCGAGAGUUUGGGGAGUUGUAAGUCACUUGAAGAAGUGGCAAUGGGAAAUAAUUUCUUAAAUGGGUCGAUUCCUAAGGGUUUGUUUGGCCUCCCAAACAUUUCUGUAAUUGGGUUUAAUGACAAUCAUCUUACUGGCCUAUGUUUCGAUGAGAGUACUACUCAUCUUUUUUCGGUUAAUCUUUGGACCUUAGAUCUCUCCAAUAAUCAGCUAACUGGGGAGUUGCCUGCUAGUAUUGGAAACUUUUCAAAUCUUCGAUAUUUAUCACUUGAUGGGAACAAGUUCAUCGGAAGUAUCCCUCCGGAGAUUAGCAAGUGUCAAGCGCUACUUGAACUUGAUCUCAGCUCAAAUCAAUUCUCUGGUGAGAUACCUAAUGAAAUUACAGGAAACAAAUCCAUUUGCAAUUUGGAAAACAUUCACACGCUUAGAUUAUCAAACAAUAUUUUGACUGGUGAUAUUCCUCGUUGUCUUGGAAAUACUGGUACCGGGCUCAGAACAUUAUUUCUCCAAUCAAACAAACUCAACGGUACCAUACCCGCAAACUUCUUAAAGUCAUGUGAUUUAUUGACUUAUCUAGAUCUGAGUGACAAUCAAUUAGAAGGAGUUCUACCUAAGUCAUUGUCUAAAUGUCAACGUUUGGAACUCCUAAAUGUCGGGAGCAACAGGCUAACGGGUAAAUUUCCCCCAUGGCUAGACAACCUACCACAUCUCAAAGUUUUCAAUGUGCGUUACAAUGCCUUCUAUGGUCCUAUAACUAGCUCACCAAAGGUUAAGCACCCAUUCUCAAUGCUACAAAUUAUGGACCUCUCUAACAAUAAUUUUUGUGGUAAGUUGCCACGAAGAUAUAUCAAAAACUUCGCAGCCAUGUACAAUAUGAACGAGUCUGGUGUUGGGAGUCCACAGUACAUGGAGGACACUAUUGACCAUCCGUACUCUAUGGUAUUGACAGUUAAUGGGUUACAACAGAGAUAUGAGAAACUUAUUGUGACGAUGUCGGUCUUUGAUAUCUCGAACAACAACUUUACUGGACAGAUUCCAGAUGCUAUAGGGGGAUUACGCUCGCUUCGCAAUCUUAAUCUCUCGCAUAAUCUCUUAACCGGGAACAUCCCUCCAUCAAUUGGAAAAUUAUCUUUGCUUGACGGUUUGGACCUUUCAUCAAAUAGGCUCACUGGUCGAAUCCCUCAAGAAUUAGUUAGUUUAACAUUCGUUGGGGUCUUUAAUGUUUCCAAUAAUCUAUUGGAGGGGCCUAUACCUCGUGGUAAAAACUUUGAUACAUAUUCAGUUGAUUCAUACAAGGGGAAUCCCAAAUUGUGUGGACAACCAUUGCCGGAGUGUGGAGACAAAUACCCGAAAGUUAUCAUCAAUUAUAGUCACAAUAAUACUACUAAAGAUGAUACAAGUAUUUUGUCAAUGUCAGAAAUUAUAAUGAUGGGGUUUUGUAGUGGUGUGCUAGUUGGGUUGGCGUGGGGAUAUUGCAUGUUUUCAAUAGGAAAGCCCUUUUGGUUUAUCCGGUUGGCAAACAAAAUGGAAUUUGUGUUGCUUGAUCUUUUCGAUGAGUACUUUGGUAGGCGAGGUAGAACAACAAGACAAAGGAAGAACUGAAAAAAUGAGUGAUAAGCAUGAGUGUAACCUUGUUAUCCAUAGUUCAGCACUA